CAGGUCCGCCACGCGACCGAGGUGACCAGGCCCAAGCGCCCCUACACCUGGACCCAGAUCGUCCAGCUCUCGGACGGCUCGACCUACACGACCCGCUCGACCUCCCCGCUCCCCGUCUACCGCUCCACCAAGGACACGCGCAACCACCUGACCUGGCAGCCCAGCGAGGUCAGCCUGCAGAACGUCGAGGUCGACGAGGCCGGCAGGCUCGCCAGCUUCAGGCAGCGCUUCGGCACCGGGUAUGAG